AUGAACUGUCUUGCAGAUGGUAGACUCGCAACAUUGUACCUAGAAAAUGACUGGGAUAUGAUCAAAUUACAGCAACUUAUACAAGAACAGCUUAAUAUACCAAUUUCAAAGCAAAAAUUAUACCUAGAUGGCGCACACAUUGAUGAAAACUACAAAACAAUCGCAGAUUCGAACUUGAAGAAUAAUGAUAUUCUCCUGGUUAAGAACAAGGAUCAUGAUAUGGCGUCGUCGUCGUUUUAUAAUAGAAAUAUUGAAUCUAAAAUAGAUGAAAUUAUGUAUACAAAGGCUUCGGAGAUGAUCAAAAACUUCAAAGAAGGAGCUCCAGUGUAUGAAACUGUAAAGAUGACAAACAAGCCAUUCUACAAUGCGCUCAUAGCUAAGGAUGUUUAUGCUGUAGCAAAGGUGCUAAAAGAGAAACAUCUAGAACAUCAAAACAACGAAAUGGAACACAAAAGGCGUUUAAUAAAGGCAUCUUUGGAUCCCCUAAAUCCAGAAUCACAACUCUUGAUCCAGAAGGAUAUCGAACAAAAUCGUAUUAAUGAAAACUAUAUCUCUGCCCAAAAUUUCUUACCAGAAUCAUUUGGUGGGAUUAUAAUGCUCUAUGUUAAUGUAGAGAUAAAUGGCGUUGUUAUCAAGGCACUUGUUGAUACCGGUGCUGAGCAUACCAUAAUGAAUAAGGAAUGUGCUAAACGAUGUAAUUUGCUAAAUAUGAUAGAUGAAAGAUUUAAAGGUACUAGGAACACCGUAGGAAAAAUUCACUUGGCUGAUCUCAAGAUUGGUCCUAUUUUUAUACAUGUAUCAUUUGUAAUAUUAGAUGGCGGUAACAUAGACUUCAUACUGGGAUUAGAUAUUCUACGUAGAUAUGCAUGCACUAUCAAUCUUAAAGAUAAUUGUUUGCAAAUAAACGAUAUAUCUGUCCCAUUUCUCUCGGAAAAGGAUAUUAAAGCUGAAGAUCAUAAGUCUACUAGUUCUGGGAUACACGCUGUCAAACAAGAAUCAGAAAAUCCUGAUAAAAUAAAUCGUCUGUCCGAACUCUUAGGUGUCAGCAGAGAGUAUGCAAAGGAGCUUUUGGAUAUUUCCAACGGAAAUGAAGAACUUGCAGCCUCGUUCGUUUUAAAUAACUGA